GAUCCACGAGUUCAUGAUGCUAUGUUGCCAUAUAAUGUCAGUUACUAUGGUAACCCUCAUUCCCGAACGCAUGCGUAUGGAUGGGAAACUGAGAAAGGUGUGGAGAAAGCACGGAAGCAAGUUGCAGAUAUCAUCGGCGCUGAUCCCAGAGAGAUUAUAUUCACCAGUGGUGCUACUGAAUCCAACAACAUUGCUGUAAAAGGAGUAGCUAGGUUUUACAAGAGUAAAAAGAAACAUGUUAUCACUACACAGACAGAGCAUAAAUGUGUGCUAGAUUCAUGUCGGGCUUUAGAAGCGGAAGGUUUCAAUGUAACCUAUUUACCAGUGCAAAAGAGUGGUAGAAUUGAUUUAAAUGAAUUUAAGGCAGCCAUCAGACCAGACACUGUACUGGCUUCCAUCAUGACAGUGAAUAAUGAGAUUGGAAUAAUGCAGCCAAUAGAAGAAAUAGGGGCCAUAUGCAGGGAGAAGAAGGUAUUCUUUCACACUGAUGCUGCCCAGGCUGUGGGAAAAGUGCCGAUGGACGUCAAUCAACAAAAAAUAGAUCUCAUGUCCAUAAGUGGGCAUAAGAUUUAUGGGCCAAAAGGCGUUGGAGCAUUUUUCAUUCGUCGCAAACCUCGUGUUCGAGUUGAGGCUUUACAGAGUGGCGGUGGACAGGAACGUGGUAUGCGUAGCGGCACAUUACCUGCACCUUUAGUUGUUGGACUAGGAGCUGCUUGCGACGUGGCUGCACAAGAGAUGGAGUAUGAUAGUAAGCACAUUAAGAGGUUGUCCGAAAGAUUGACAAAUACAAUUAUGAAUGGUUUAUCACAUGUGGUUAAAAAUGGUGAUUCACAACACUCCUAUCCUGGUUGUGUUAAUCUCUCGUUUGCAUUUGUGGAAGGGGAGAGUUUAUUGAUGGCUUUAAAGGAUGUAGCACUGAGUUCAGGAAGUGCCUGUACGUCAGCAUCCCUGGAACCAUCCUAUGUUCUACGAGCCAUCGGUACUGACGAUGACCUCGCACAUUCUUCAAUUAGGUUUGGUAUUGGCAGAUUUACAACACAAGAAGAAGUAGAUUUCACAGCUGAGAAGUGUAUUAAACAUGUCAGAGCACUUCGUGAAAUGAGCCCACUAUGGGAGAUGGUCCAAGAAGGAAUUGAUUUGAAAAACAUAAAGUGGAGUCAACAUUGAUAGAUGUAAAUUGCCAUGGCAACACUGAAAAGCAUCCUCAUCUGUCUUGUCUUCAUCUUGUAGUGAUCAGUGACAUCAGAUUCCUUCUACUAUUCUUAUAAUCUGUAACAUAUAUGUAACUCUAUCAGCACUUCAGCACCAUUGCGAGAUGUUGUUACAUCAUUAGUAGGCCAGUUUGUCAUCAACUUUCUUCGUUAAAAAAAAAUUAAAGUCAAUUUGAAAUUGUCAUUUAUGUUUUGCUAUGUAAAAUUACAAAAAAAAAUCUUGAAAAAUGAUGUGUUCAAAGGGUUGUACAAUAAACCCUCACUCAGCAUGGUUUCAUAUGUGUAUACACACUAUGCAUACAUUCUGACAUAAUAAUGUUAUCACAAUAGAUCCCAAACUAGUGCUUAACUAUGAGCACACCAUAUUUUCGUUGGGCAGGCAUUCGCUGGUUAGCAAAAAUGUAAUCGAAUGAUAUCACAGUGCACCGGCCUAUACAAAUUAGAGGCUGAUUCAGUCAUAUGCCCUCCUGAGUUCGUGUAGUAGUCAGAAUCACCAGAAAGUAUCGAAAUGGCAAGAGUGAGAAUUCUUUAGAAAUUUAAUGAUUCAACAAAUAUUUUAGUCUAGUGUGGUACUCAGUAUCAAAACGUAGACUCGCCGAGAGUGUCAGCAUAUGAACUUAUUUCUAUAUACAGUAUUGUGUUGCUGUAUAUACAUUUUGAUUUAGCUCUAAUCAGAAAUUGGUUAUUCCUGUAACUAUAAGUACCAGAAUACUAAUAGUAUAACCAUUGACUGUAAAUACAUUUGAAGCUGAUAUAAUCAGUAUAUUUUUUAUUCUCUUUAUUUUCGGGAAAGUUGUUUUUCAAUGUUUGUAUAAAUAGCCAGGGCAACUGUAAAAUUCUUUAAAUAUUGGGUAAAUUUCGUUGUAGUUGUUCAAAACUUAUUUGUUUUGAGACCAGUAUACAAUUAUAGGAAAAUCAGUGAUUAUUGAAAUAAAUUUGUUGUAGUUUAAAAUAUUUAAUGUUUUUUUUUUCCUGAAAUAGCUACCUUCCUAAAAUGUUUAUUUACAUAUGUAUAUUUGGAAUUUAAUUGGUGCUAUGUUUAGAUACUGUGCUCAAUUAGUACACAGUGGCAGUGGAAGCAAAACAAAAUUGAAAUUUAAAAAGUGAAAACGAAUUUUGAGAACUGGCACUUUUUGAUUUCAAAAAUAUACAGGGUUUUUGACAUUGUUUUUAAAAAGAAAACUUUAUAUUGUGUUAAUUUUCAAGUUGCGAUGUUGAUAAUGUAUAUUCAUCGAUGCCAGGGUGACUCCCAUGCAUACUGUGUUCAAUAUUUGUUUUUAGUUAUUUAGUUUUAGUUAAUUAUUUUCACAUUAUAUCAGUUCAAUUCAAUAAAAAUAAAUUCAAUUUGUCAA